CCCUCAGUAAUAAUGAAUGAUUGGUAACCAGUGAAGCCCUUUUCCCGCUUUUGCUUGUACGUGUGUGAUCAAUCUUACAUGCACAUAUCCCCUAGUGUACCGACUGUAGCUACCUGCGCGGUGUUUAUGGCAGCCCACCUUGAUACCUGCUGUGUUUCAGUCGUGACUUUGAUCUGCCUCAAGUGCUAAUGAUGUUACCUACUAAACGACACACACGCACACUCUCUCUCCCCCCCAACUCCUCCCUCAACAUUUUGCCCUCCCUCUGAUUUUUUUUUCUUUUCCCAAAUCUGUUAUUCAGCUGCGUGCUCUGCCCGUGUUUCAGCCGAGCAAAUUUAUUUGCAGCUAACCUUUCAGCUGCCAGCCAAACCUUUCUUUCACUCCGCGGCGAUAACACGUUGUUUUUUUGUUUGUUUGUUGUUUUUUACUUGCUUCGGUUUUAUUAUUGCUAGCUAGCGACAAUGCGCCUUCUCCGUAUUCGUCUUUCACUUCAAGGCAAUAGUACUGAUUGUAUACCAGCCUAAAAACGCGCCUUUAUGGAAAACAACGAUCAAAUAACGAUUUUAAGCGACGUUAAUGUGAGGGAAGACGUCUGAGUGUGGCUCCGAUUGGACUACAAGAAGUUUUCGGCAAGACGGCGAGGAAGGACAUGCAGAAAAAAGGUCAGUGAGGGGGAUGACAACAGAAGAAUAGGCAACGGCAAAGGAGGGAUGAAAAAGAGACUGAAAUAAGAGGAGGAAGUGGAACUCCAAAGUGCCUACUGCGAGCGGUCGUCUGCUGCUGUUUAGCUGUUGUCUGACUCUGCUGGAUGAGAGCAGGACGGGGCUCAGUGUGUGUUUGGCCUUGAAUGGAGGCUAUAUUUUAUCCUGACAGCCACAGAGUCAUCCACCCCACAUUGCUUAGCUGCAGUUCCAGCCUACCCUGAGCUGAGGUUGCGGCCGGUCUCAUCACUUCAAGGAAAACAUCCCCAUAAGGUUCUGCUUUUUGUUCCUCUACAGAAAUCUUCUUUUUUCAGGCUGUUCAGACAUAACUAGCGCCACAGCGACAAGCUCCAGCCUUGGCCAUGUUGACAUGAAUGUAAUAGUUUCUUAUAGUGGAAGUCGGUCUAUUCAGGUGAAGGCACAGAUAGACACUGACAUAUCUAAGCAUGCCAGAGUGAUGUCCUUGGAGUAGUUUCUGUUUUUUGGGUUUUUUUUUUUCUUUUUCUUUUACUUUUUUUUCGAGACAGAGCUGGCCUCUGCUCACAGUCGACCCCCUCUAUCUCAACCCAGUGAAACUUCAGCUGCUACUUUUCCCAGGAAGAACUAAUAAACAUCCCCUAAAAUACACCAACCAAAAGGACUCGCCGCCUAUUUGUGCUGAGGAAAAAAAAAAUAUUUCUGCUUCUGUCUCCUCUGUAUUUUUGCUGGGGACUUUUUCUUGCAUCACUAUUAGUCACCCUUGCUCUCAUCAGACAAUUUUCCGUCCAUCUGUCUCCACCGCUGCUCAGUGUUUGUGAGCGACUCCAAUGGCUGUCAGCAUGACCAUGGGACGGGACACCAAAUGGCUGACCCUGGAAGUGUGUCGUGAGUUCCAGAGAGGGACCUGCUCGCGGUCUGACGCCGAGUGCAAGUUUGCCCACCCCUCCCGGAGCUGCCAUGUGGAGAAUGGCCGAGUCAUCGCCUGCUUCGACUCCCUGAAGGGGCGCUGCACACGUGAGAACUGUAAAUACCUACACCCACCUCCGCACCUGAAAACCCAGCUGGAGAUCAACGGGAGGAACAACCUGAUCCAGCAGAAGGCCGCGGCGGCCAUGUUGGCUCAACAGAUGCAGUUCAUGCUGCCUGGAGCACAGCUGCAACCCAUAACAACAUUCCCAAUGACGCCCUCCCUGGCAACGAGUCCCAGUAUGGCUUUCAGCCCCUAUCUGAACCACAUGGGCCCAGGCAUGGGCUUGAUGCCUGAGCUGCUUCCCAGUACUCCCCUGCUGGUGCCUGGGAGUCCCACCGGCCUGGCAGCCAUGGCCAACGGCACCUCCACACAAAAACAUGUGCGCACAGACAAGCUGGAGGUUUGUCGAGAAUUCCAGCGCGGUAACUGCACAAGGGGUGAGAGCGACUGCCGCUAUGCUCACCCACUGGAAGCUGGAAUGGUGGACUGCAGUGAGAACUCAGUCAUUGUCUGCAUGGACUACAUUAAAGGCCGCUGCACCCGUGACAAGUGCAAAUACUUCCAUCCCCCGGCUCACCUGCAGGCCAGGAUCAAGGCUGCACAGCACCAAGUUAGUCAAAACACAACGUCUGCAGCCUUGGCUCUGCCUCCAGGUGCCAUGCAGACACUACCAAAGAGGCCGAUCUUAGAGAAGAGCAACGGAGCUGCCGCCGCUGUCUUCAACCCCAGCAUGUUCCACUACCAGCAAGCACUGGCUAACAUGCAGCUCCAGCAGCCAGCCUUCAUCCCCACUGUAGACUCCUCAGAGCUUCUGACUCCUGAUCCAGUGGAGCUCCAGUGUGUUCCCAUGGAAACCCAUUUCUGUCCCAUCCCCAAAAUGAUGGUGGCGGCUCCGGUGGCACUAAACUCAGUAAGCCUUUCCCGAAACCCUAGUUAAAGUCUCUGAAGUCUGUGCACUACCAGGGCGGCCAUCUUUAUGAAUACAGCUAACAUGUGCCUCACCUACAUCGCACACUGUCUGAGUGGCAAUGCGAAACUUGUUAUAAGGCAUUAUGAAAGUGAGAAUGCCUUGAUGGUUCAUGCAAUACAAGCCUGGACGUGCUACUGUUGCUUUAAAGCAGCCAUCCUGAUGCAUAGUGACUCGAUCAGGCUGAGCAAUAGAGCUCCCUUGUUCUUACAGCCAUACAUGUCCAUACCUUAAAAGUGCAGCAGUCAUAUGCCCCAAACCCCCCCCCCCCACCACCACCACUCCUCCACCCACACACACACACACACACACACACACACACACACACACACACACACACACACACACACACACACGCACACCCCAACAUUGGAGACCACAUGCCCUUUUUGGGGCAACCCAACACAUUAGACUGUUCCAAAGUCAGAAAGUUCAGACUAUUUGAGCGGCAAACGGACUUGCUGCUGGUCUACAACGAUAUUUUGUGUUGUCGAAAUGAAAGAGUGUUUCAUAUUAUGUCAUGUUUACGUUCCAAAAUGGCUGCAAAUGUAACAUUUGUGUUGUACUAUGUGUACAGUUCACUAUGUUCUCAUGGUCUCAUUUCACCUGAUGAGGCAUCAGUGAAUUGUUGUUUGUUUGUUUGUUUGUUUGUUCGUGCCUUUGAUUUAUCUGCUCAGCUGCAAAGGAGAUUUAGUUUUCCAAAAGAACUCAAAAUAAUUUUCCUAUUUGCAAUUAAAGGCAAUAUCUAAGGUUACAAACAUACUUUGUGUGAGCCCAUAGCUCAUGUUGUAGAAAAAAAUCUGGUUAUGACAGUGAUCACCACUUUAAAUAUAUAUUGUUUCUUAAAUGUUAAGUAUGAUCUGAAUCGGUUUUUGUUCCUCUGGUUUUUAUAGCCGGUAUCUGAUACUGACUGAAUCAUUUUCAUGUAAUGCAACAACCUUAAAACAAUACAAACUGACAUAAAUCUAGGAUAUAAUGACUUCUAUAUUAAAAGGUCUGAGAGUUUGUUCAGAAUGUGGCUCUUAAUUUCUUCAUUUGAAAAAUAAACUACCUUAAAGCAGGUGAGGUCUAAACUCUAAAAGAGACAGCUCAAAAUAUUAACCCUUGUUGCGUUUUUAGUGAUGAGGUACCUUUAAUCGCUUGUUUCUCGGUUGUGAAGCGUAACAGUCUGAUGACUGAAAAGGCAGGUUUGUUUGUCCUUGUCUCCUGCACGAUCUGACAUCCGAACGUGGUGUGAAAGAACGACAAUCUUAGGGCGUAGUCACGUUGACUUCUUAUUACAGUUCUGCCACAAACCCUGAGUUCUCGUGUUCAAAUCACGUGAAGGACAAAGUCACGUUUCUGAGAGUCAGAUGUAAAGUUACAGACUUUUCUAAUUGGCACCUCUCAAACUUUUACAUCUGAUGUCGGAGUUAUUGCACAAGAUGGAUGCUUGAUUUGUUUCCUGAUGUUGUGCCUCAAGUCUGCCCGGUGGUGGUACAUGCAAGGAGCUGCCACAUUAAAUGCAACACCUGAUUAAUUACUCCAAAAAAAAAAAAUGCGGACAUGUGUUUUAAAAGGCAAUUUCUUUGUGUAAUUGUCUCAUUUCAUCAUGCGGCUUUUGGACUAAAUAAGUGGCACAAGAUUUUUAUGUUUUAUGGCUCUUCAGGGAGAAAGCUUAGAACUUGAAAAUGUCCUGUCUGAAUUUAUAAUGUGUUGUCUUUUCUACUGAUGUGCCCUGUUUGUCACAAGUCAUCUUACUCUAAAUAUGGCAGCCACAGUUGUUAUAACCAGAAGUGAGUUAUACUAAAGCCAGGAGAUGGAGGAAUGUAUCUCCUGUUUGAUGUCCGAUGAGGAAAAAAAUUACAAACCAGUUGGAUUUUUGAUGUCCAAAUGUCUGUAAGGAAUUGCUCUGUAGGGGUGUAAAAUUGAACAUAACAGUUUUGGAAACUGGACUGAAAUCACUUUCACCCAAGUUCAAAUGUGCCUCUUUCAAGUCCCCUUAAACCACUACUGUCAAAACACUGUAAGAACAGACCAGUGCUCAAAGAUAGACGUGUUAUUUGAUUCAUUAUUAUAAUAGUUAAUCGCAUCUGUACUAGUUUUGUUCUCUCAGACAGCUGUGCUGUCUUAUUGUUUAUGUAAAGAAAUAAACCAGUGCAUUGUGUGCAUACAUAAGUGUGUUAAAAGAGACAAUGAAUCACACAUUUGGUAAGUUGUAAAUGCUGCAGAUAUUAAGACAUUUCCCACUGAGCAUUAUUCAUUUAAAUAAUGUCAUUGUGUUGUGAAUGUAUCUGAUGCAAAAACUACACAUGCCCUUCAAAAAGACAGGCAUGUUGAAAUGUAAUGGUUCACUAUAUAUAUAAACUAUUUCUGAGGUCACAUAAGUAACAUGCUGAUACUGUGUUAGGACAUAUUAAUGUGUAUUGUUAUAUAGAUUUAUAUUUAAUGUCAAUGAGUGACGUGACUACUUUUAGAAAUAUCUUUCACUCUCAAAAAAGGUAGAGCAGAAUUGUACAUUACAGUACCACUUCUUUCUAGUCAGUUUUUGUACCCCUACCUUCGAAACUACCCCAAGUGCCCAUAAUACACCUACAAACGACGGCAUAAUCAUAGGACAAAAUUGAGAAAAUCAGCAUAUUAUACUUUUGUUUCUGUGGUUUUCCAUUGUUCACGUGAUGUGGAUUGGCCAGGUCUCCCCUUCUACUGCAGUUCUUUUACCCGUUAAGUCCCACUCUUGGUCCGGGAAGGCUGCAUACGGAGGUGACAGUAUAGAUAAACGAUCCAGUCGGAGGUACUAGUGAUGCAGCAAGGAUGUAACCCCAUUAAGGCUGUCAGCUGUGUCCAGUGGGGGGAAACUUGGAAGAGUGGACUUGUGGGAUUGACUGGAUUUGGGUGGGUGGAAGUUUUGACCUCCUGGACGCCCUGAUCAGUGCGCUACCUUAGCCGUAACAAAAAGUAAAGUUCAUGUUGAAUUGGCAUGAACGUGUCCUUCGAAGGAAGAGUGCGCAUAUUUGCUUUCUAUUCCAAGUUAGAUGAGCUAGAUCCAGUAAUCAAUUAUUGUCUACUACACGCCUAAAGCUCAGUAAUUAACGCAGGUAUGUUUGUUCAAUAAGGACACAAAACGGUGAACAUAUGGCUGUGUCCAAAACCACUACCCUGUUCACUCAUUCACUACUUCCUAUAUAAUAAAGUCAGCGGUUUACUCAGUGGUGAUGCUUACUAAUCAUUUGCAUCAACACUGACUGCUAUGGACUGAUCAGGCAUUAAUUAUCACAUCUGUAAAACAAUGGACAGCAAAUAUAAGGCACUACAGAAGAGAAAGGGAGCGAUUUGGUGAACAUGACUGCACUAUUAGCCUGAGACGCUUCGCACAGAGGUCAUGUGGAUGGCAAAACCGUUCACACAGAAAUAUUUACAAGACGUAAUUCCUUCUAAAAACAAAACCAGUGAGGCAGUGCUUCUUCCAAAUGGUUAGGUGAAUUUUUUUCAGUAGUGCCCAAAGCUCAUCAUUUUUAUGUCUAAAUGUGCUCAAGAAUUCACAUGCACACAAACGUCCAAUCAAAACGCACAGUUUAAACAACGGGGUACGUUUGGCAAUCGUGACGCGUUGUCAGGUAGAGACAAAUGUGUCUUCGCCGCAAUUAGCCGGAGUUCCCUCGGAUCCAGUGACACAAAAUAAAUCAGUAUUCGAAACAAUCACAAGCGCAUUGACAGAAGGUUGAGAACCUCUGCUCUAAUCUAACCUCAGAAAGAAAGUGAACAAAUGUAUUUGCCAAAAUGUUGAAGCUUUAAUUUAAACUAUCAUUUAUUCUUUAUCUAUACUGUGGAUUUAACAGUACGCAGCACAUUAUAUGCCUGUUACCACGGGAAUAGGAAGGAACAUACUUUUUGGUACAUGAUCGUACUUCUCCUUUACCUCUGUUUUUGAGUGUGUUGAGUUAUUGCAUUUUCUCUUUGAGGAAUCUGAACAGAAAUGUUCCUCUCGCGCUCCUGAUGAAACCUAUGAGCAGAAUGUCGAGACACAUAGUUUGUCUGAAUCUCACAGCUUUGUCCAGCCAAGAAAACCCUUCUCUCCAGCCUUCGUCUCUUCCCCCUUUACAUCAUUAUGCCUUUACUAAUUGCUGGAAAAAGCUGGAAAAACAGAGAAUACUUGAUUAAGAAAUUGUGCCUCUUGGGGGCAUUUGAAUUUUUAAGUACAUUUAGAUGUAUGUAUUGAUGUACAAGAGCAUGUUAGUUAGGGGAAUUGCUACGUGGCGCAAAAUUUGGGUUUACCUUUUUUUCCCCCACUCUCAUUCUCUUAUAUUUCAUUUCCUUUGGGCCUCCUUGUAUUUUUCCCAUACAGUCAUGAAUCGUUUCUCUGGAAUAUGCAAAAUGCUCUGAUCAUUGUGUCCAGUGACCAGAUCCUUUAGCAUGUGGACAGUUAAUUAGGUCCUGAGAAUACUUCUGUUGCCUGGGGCACAAACAAAGGGCCUUAUUUCUCGAUCACUGUAUAAAGAUGUGAGAAAUGUGUAUGAAAGUGACAUGUAUUAAUAGUAAGUUAAGUUUUGUUUUGAAUUUUUUUUGUCUGACAUUAAAAAAAACAGCAUGAAAAAUGAAAAAAAACUCAUUUAUACAUAGUUAAUAGUUUGUGUAGACCAACAAGAGAAAAAAAAAAGAUAUAACAUGAAAAUCACUUGUAUACAAUGAUGGAGUCAUUGUUAAUGGUAAUAGUUGCUGUUGCUAUGGCAACAAAAUGACAACAUGGCUACCUUUCUAUUAUCCUAAUUGUGAAUUUUCUCACAUUCAUUGAAAUAACAUACAACACUAACUUAUUCAAAAAGGGAAUGUCUAAUUAGUUUGUCUUGUUGUUGCAAAGUGAUUAAUAUUUUGUAUGGAAAACUUAAAUUCUUGUAAUAUCCAAAGGUCCUUAGGGGAGGUCAGGUGUUUAUUUUGUUUUCUUUACUUGACCUUAAUUGUUUUAUUAUUAUUGUUAUUAUUAUUGUUGUUGUUGUUGUUCUUGUAAAUGGUGUUUUUGAGAAUUAAGAAUGGACUUUGGCUCAUAAAGCUAACACCUAUCUGCCAGGGAGGUAAAGAGGCUUUUGGUCUAAUUGAAAGAUCUUCAUCUUUUUCCCGUCAAAUCAGACUAGUCAACAGUCCUCACACCUCCUGCAGACUGGACGGCUCUUGCUCAGUUUCCUCUGUGUGGAGGUGUGAGUUUUCAUUAGUGAGUUUUGCUUCAGUGUUGGCCAAGAAGGUGGUCCAGAAGCCUCUUCCUGCCCAGCUGUGCUGGGUGAUGUCGAUCCUUGCUGAGGUGUAUACGAAUGUGUGAUGUUCACCUUGUUUGCACUUAUGUACAUAACUAUGUCAAAAUACUCAAAAUUUAUUUUGAAUAAAUAUAGAUAAAAGAGCUGAUUAAAAA